AUGCUACUCGACGGUGUGGCUUGUGCUGGAGAUGUUUCCAGAGCCACAAGGUGGAAAGAUGCGGAGUCCCCAAUCCAUCAUCCCCUGUUGCAUCGCGGCAGCACGGCUCCCGUCCAAGCUAGGUUUCAUGCACACCGACAAGAGGGUGUGGAAAUGCUAUUCAGGGUAUUGCCAGUGACUUUGUAUGGAAAUGGUAGGCAAGUUAACACGUAUGCCUUCAUCGUCGACGGGUCAUCUCUAACCUUGAUCGACGCCCCUUUGCUUAAAGACCUUGGAGUGAAGGGACAACCGCAGCCACUAUGUAUGCAGUGGACUGCCGGCAUGCACCGGUAUGAGGACACCUCGGUCAGACUCGACUUAAGGAUCUCCGGGAUUGGCCAAACGAAGCUAUAUGAUCUUCGCGACGUUCACUCGGUCCAGUCUCUUGAUCUCCCGUCACAGUCGUUGGAUAUAACCCACCUGAAAGCACAGCACACACACCUUCGACAUCUACCACUGUCCGGAUACGACUCAGCACAGCCCAGGCUCCUGAUAGGUCUCAAUAAUUGCAAACUGGGGCGCGUGCUUCGCACCAAGGAAGGCACAACAGAAGAACCGAUCGCUGAGAAGACCCGCCUGGGAUGGACGAAUAAAGGAAGAAGCUCCAACAGUGUGGGUGAUGACAUAACCUCAAACUACCACGUGUUUCACAUAUGUGCAUGUGAAGCUGACGAGAACAAGGAAAUCUUGCGCCUGCUUGAGCAGUGCAUGUGGUCGGACGGCGGUCCUAGACCGGAGAUGAAUAGCAAGAGCGUAUCCAAUGAUGACCAGUUGGCUAUACAGCAGCUGGAGAAGAACACGGGGCGUAUAAAUGGCCGAUUUGAAACAGGUCUGCUUUUGAGGUAUACAGAUGACAAGCUGCCGCACAGUUUACCGACAGCCCUAAAACGGGCACGAUGCCUGUACCAGAAAUUGACUCGCGAGCCGGAGCUUGCGAAGAAAAUUCUCUGGCAGCUAGAUGAGUACGUGAAGAAAGGAUAUGCACGGCCUAUUACGUCGAAAGAAGCUGAGGAAAAGCCAUAUUGGUAUCUACCUAUCUUUCCCGUGCUAAACGUGAACAAGGCAGGAAAGCUUCGCGUAGUCUGUGAUGCGGCCGCAAAGACGGAAGGAAUCUCGCUGAACACAAUGCUGCUGAAGGGACCUGACCAACUAGCGCAGUUGGUACCAAUACUUAACAGGUUUAGAGAGAAACGUAUUGCUAUCGGCGGCGAUAUCGCCGAGAUGUUUCAUCAGGUCAGGAUACACACAGAAGAUCAGAGAUACCAACGCUUUGUAUUUAUAGACCCAUACACACAACGGAGAGAGAACUACGCCAUGCAGUGCAUACUGGAGAGUCACUAUGUAGACGACAUGCUUGACAGCGUCGACACGGAGGAAGAAGCUGUAAGCCUCGCGCGUCAGGUCCACUACAUUCAUCUUCAGGGCGGAUUCCUCAUUCGAAACUGGGUAUCAAAUUCCAGAGAAGUAUUAAGCGCACUCGGCGAAGGAGCACCCACGCUAGUGAGACUAGACGAAACAACGGAUGGACAGACCGAGAAGGUGCUGGGAAUGUGGUGGGACACGAAAGAAGAUCUCAUCCGCUACCGUGUAUCCCCACGAUAUCGCCAUAUCCAAGGAAGGCAACGACCCACCAAACGAGAGUUUCUCAGUGUGUUGAUGUCUAUAUAUGAUCCUUUAGGGCUCAUAUCCUUCUACGUCAUAUGCCACAUGAAGGAGUCGCUGAUGGAUUCAGAAGUGGAGAUGCACACCUUCGUGGACGCAAGCGAGAAUGGAUUUGCCGCCGUGAGUUGUAUAAGAUUUCAAAAUGAGGCAGGUAUCCACUGCAGUCUACUGGGCAGCAAAACCAAGGUAGCCCCUCUAAGACCGACAUCCAUACCAAGGCUUGAACUCAUGGGAGCAGUGCUUGGAGCGAGGACGCGCGACCCUCAUAGACUCCGAGCGGUUCUCAAUCUGGAACCGUCUGCUAUGGAGUACCGCGAGAACGGUAUGGUGUAUGAGGCGAUGGAAGGCCUAGGCUUUUCAAUGAUCGGACAUCGAAAAUCAGCCAUUACAAGAAGAUACCAGGGUCACGGAGAGUCUUCUGUGGUCAAGAAUAACCUACUAUACAAGCUGGGACCGUAUAUGGAUUCCAAUGGAAUAUUAAAGCUGGAUGAACGUGCCAAGAUGCUCAAGGGAAGCGACCGCGUCGUACUCCCCUGCGGCAGCCACAUUACGCAGCUUAUAAUAAAGGAAUUUCACCGAAGAUUUCUGCAAGCUAACCACGAGACGGUGGUCAACGAACUACGACAAAAAUUUUGGAUACCAAAGCUGAGAUCCACCCUUGCUCGGAUACGACGCUCCUGCCAGCAAUGCAACAACCGACAGGCGGCCCCCAAACCGCAUGGCGCAUGGCGGAACUUCCCUAUCCAAUAG